AUGGCGACGCGGUCUGAACCAUUGUCCAUUGAGAGUCUGUUACAGAAGCAGAAGGCAGAAAAGGAGGCUGCGGCAAAGCCCAAGUUUCUCUCCAAGGAGGAACGGGCGAAGCUUGCCAUAGCCAAACGCGCACAGGAGAUUAGAGAGCAGAAGGAGAGGGAAGAGGCAUCACAGAAGGACCGUGAAACGUUGGAGAGGGAAGCAAAUGAGCUGCGACGCAAGGAGAUGGGUUCGUCCAAUAGGUAUGGAGGUGGUCGAUACGAGGACCGCUACGCUCAUCCGGAGCGCGACAGAGGUGGUCGCCAUGGACGAAGGGAUGGACGGGACCGCGAUCGAGACAGAGACAGGGAAAGGGAAAGGGAACAGCGUCCACCCAGCGGGGCGAAUACCCACAGAGACGGGUACCAAAACGUGCCUACAGGUCCUCGGGCGGACAGAAACAAGCAGUCAGCUCCAACCCCUUCGUCUUCCACUGGAACUCCAACUCCGGGUACACCUUCAUCUAUGCCUCCCCCGCCUCCUCCCGACACUGCUCCCCAAAUCUCAAUACCUGAUUCUUCCGGGUCGUACGUGCCACCUAUGACCGAGAACGAUCUUUCUGCCAUUCGAUCACGGUAUCUUGGCGUAGACAAGAAAAAGCGCAAGAUUCGUAAAAUGAAUGAUCGGAAGUUCGUCUUUGACUGGGAUGCGCAGGACGACACCCUUGUCGAGGAUUCGUUUGUUGCGGUCGGAAGUAACAGACAGGGUGCACAGGUUAUGUUCGGUCGUGGUCAUCUUGCCGGGAUGGACGACGGUGGGCCUUCGGGCCCAAGGAAAAGUGAAACUACAGUCACCCAUCUCGCUGACGCAAUGGAACGUAGGAAGGCUGCCAAAGCUGGAUUCGACGAGCGCCAUUGGACCGAGAAACCUCUAGAAGAAAUGAAAGAGCGUGAUUGGCGUAUCUUCAGAGAAGAUUUCAGCAUUUCCGCAAGAGGUGGCCAAAUACCUCAUCCACUCCGUUCUUGGACGGAGUCUGCUAUUCCACCAGCGAUUCUAGAAUGCAUAGAGAAUAUCGGAUACAAGGAACCCUCUCCCAUUCAACGGCAGGCGAUUCCCAUCGGACUGCAGAACCGAGAUAUUAUUGGUAUCGCGGAGACUGGUUCGGGAAAGACUGCCGCCUUCGUCAUCCCCAUGUUAACCUUCAUUUUGAAACUACCGCCUUUCACGGAUGACAUCCGCCAUCUAGGUCCAUAUGCCCUCAUCCUAGCCCCCACUCGUGAGCUUGCCCAGCAGAUAGAAAGCGAAACCAAGAAGUUUGCCACGCCCCUUGGCUAUCACUGUGUCUCCAUCGUUGGCGGGCGUGCUGUUGAGGAGCAGCAAUUUAAUCUACGAGAAGGCGCCGAGAUUAUUAUCGCGACGCCUGGGCGUUUGAAAGACGUCCUCGAGAGACACGUUCUUGUGCUGUCUCAAUGUCGUUAUGUUGUAAUGGACGAGGCGGACCGGAUGGUCCACCUUGGGUUUGAGGUUGACCUGACUUUCAUCCUUGAUGCCUUGCCGGCGGAGACUAUGCAAGGCGAGGACCUUGGCGAGCAGAUGGACGUCGACGGCGAGACAUUGGUCAAGAAAGGCCGUACUCGCGUUACGACACUAUUCUCCGCGACUAUGCCUGCGGCUGUUGAGCGCCUAGCGCGCAAGUACCUUAAACGGCCGGCUGUGAUUACUAUUGGUGAGGCUGGUCGUGCGGUCGACACUGUUGAACAGCGCGUCGAGUUCGUGAUUGGCGAUGAGAAGAAGAAGUAUAUUGAUUCUCCUCCUGGAGAGUGCCUAUCUGACCUUGCACGUUCCAGGCAAAAGCUUCUGGAAAUUCUCAACAGUGGUCAAUUUGCCGCGCCUAUUAUCGUAUUCGUCAAUCAGAAGAAGACGGCCGACAUGGUUGCCAAAGAUCUAUCGCGUGCAGGCUGGAACGCUGCUACUUUACAUUCUGGGAAAAAUCAAGAGCAACGUGAGGCUUCGCUACAAGCAUUGCGUAGCGGCGAGUCCGACGUGUUGGUGGCGACGGAUCUUGCUGGACGUGGUAUCGAUGUGCAAGAUGUCAGUCUCGUCAUCAACUAUCAGAUGGCCGGGACAAUUGAAGCCUAUGUUCAUCGUAUCGGUCGUACCGGUCGUGCUGGUAAAUUGGGCACAGCGAUCACCUUCUUGACAAAUGACGACGAUGAGGUCAUGUACGACUUGAAGCAAGAAAUAUCCAAAAGCCCCGUGUCGAAGGUGCCUGCGGAGUUGGCCAAGCACGAAUCCGCACAACACAAAGUAUCUCGGGAGAUGAAGCGAAAGCGUGAUGCUGAAGACCAAGGGUAA